CUCCCGCUAGCUCUCAGUAAUAAUUUGGUUUUUUUGCCAUGGUGUCUGCAGAAUUUGCUCGCACAGCAGUUGGUAUUAUCGGAAACAUCACUGCUCUCAUCUUGUUCUUAUCUCCUGUAUAUUUCAGGCCAACAUUCGUAAAAAUUGUGAAAAAGGGGGAGGUAGAGCAGUUCUCACCGAUACCAUACCUUGCCACCUUUGUGAACUGUGGGAUAUGGGUGUUGUAUGGACUUCCACUAGUCCAUCCUCACAGCUUGUUGGUCAUUACAAUCAAUGGCUCAGGGUUCGUGAUCGAGACAAUAUAUUUGCUACUCUUUUUAAUCUACUCUGACCGCAAGCAAAGGGUCAAGGUACUAUUGAUAGCGCUUGCUGAAAUACUGUUUCUUGUCGUUUUAACCGCUUUGGUCUUGACUGUCGCCCAUACAACCAAGGUUCGGUCAAGCAUUGUUGGUAGUAUUGCCAUUGUUGGCAAUAUUAUGAUGUAUGCAUCACCCUUAUCCGUUAUGAAACUCGUGAUAACAACGAAGAGCGUGGAAUAUAUGCCCUUUUUCCUCUCUUUAUUUUCCUUACUCAAUGGUAUAAGUUGGACCAUCUAUGCGCUCAUUCGCUUCGAUCCGUACAUUGUUAUACCUAAUGGGCUUGGAUCACUAUUGGGCAUAACCCAAUUAAUACUCUAUGCCACCUUUUAUAAGUCAACAAAACGACAGUUGGCUGAAAGGAAAGCAAGUGUAGAAAUGGGCCCAAAUGCAGGCUCUAUAAAGAAAAUUAAUGUGGCUCAUAAUGAACAUCCUUAGAGUUAGAGAUGUGAGCCCAAUAGAAUUAAACCCCGUAUAAGAAGAGCAUGUGAAAUUGUGAGGGAAAUGGUUUUUUCUUUCUCUUUCAAACUUUAGUUUUUCUAGUGGUUCUUUUUCUUUCGGUAAGGUAAGGUAAGGUAAGGUAAUGUAAUGGAUGGUAUUUUGAUUCUAUGGGUAUUUAUUAGAGUAUCUAAACUUUAUAA